AUGCGAAGAGCAUUAGUUAGAACAUGUCAUACAUAUGAGUAUAUGUUCAACCAAUGUGGCGGGUAUUUAAAUGUUGGUUUUCAAAUAAAGGAUUUGUAUAAUAAUUUGGAUGCAUCACACAGGGAAAUUUUGCUCGACAGUGACACAGAAGCCGCAGUCUCUUACUUGAAAGCGAAAGGAGCAAUGGAUCCAGAAUUCUUUUGUAAGUUCAGUGUUGAUGAGGAAAAUAGGCUUGGUAAUUUGUUUUGGAGGGACUCCACUUCACUUUUGGAUUACAUUGCCUAUGGCGACGUCCUCAUAUUCGACAGCAUGUACAAAACAAAUGUUUAUGACAAGCCCCUAGUGCUGUUUGUCAGUUUGAACAACUACCGUUCUACUGUAAUGUUUGGUUGCACAUUAUUGCAGGACGAGACAUUUGAAACUUACAAGUGGUUAUUGGAAACAUUCAUGGCAUCCAUGAAAGAUAAGAAUCCAAUAUCAAUAUUGACGGAUGGCGAUGAGACGAUGCGUAAAGCCAUUGAUUAUGUGUUUCCCAUGUCUAACCAUCGGUUGUGCUCAUGGCAUGUGUCAAGGAAUGCACAGAAUAACUUGAAGGAUGAUGAAUUGCUAAGAAAUUUUCAAGCAUGUAUUUGGGAACCAUUUGCAUUGGACGAGUUUGAGAAGAAAUGGGAGGUAAAGAGUGAGUACUUCAAAGAAAAAAAGAAUGGUUGGAAAUGA